UGCCGCGUACGCACUGAAACAGUGCAUUGUGUAUAUUGCAAUAAUAUAAUAAACAACUCAGGUUUCCUCCCCAGAAUGAUACGAAAUAGUUUACGGAGAAUGUAAUGGAAACGAACUCUGUGCAAACGGUGACAUUAACAAACAGCAUAAUCGGCGUGGGUAUCCUGUCCAUGCCGUUUUGCUUCCAAAAGUGUGGGAUUGUACUUUCGGUGGUGCUUCUACUGCUUAGCAGCUAUGUUACACGGUUGGUAUGCAGCUACAUGGUGAAAUCGGCCAUAAUUUCUAGGAGGAAAAACUUUGAACAAAUCGCGUUUCAUGCGUUCGGGUCCGGUGGAAAGCUACUGGUAGAGCUAUGUGUCGUUGGCUACCUGUUGGGAACAUGCAUCGCUUACUUUGUGGUGGUCGGUGACCUUGGACCACCGAUUACGGCCAAGAUCCUGGCGAUGAACGAGAGCAGCACGCUCCGGACAUGGGUGAUGAUUGUCGUGACAAUUGUCUGCAUCAUUCCUCUCGGAAUGUUACGCAAUGUGGACAGCCUAGCUUCAGUGUGUACUGCGUCGCUUGGGUUCUAUCUUUGUCUGGUGCUGAAGGUAAUUUCGGAAUCGAGCGUAAAGUUUGAACAGAGCGGCUGGUUCGAGCGACUAGACCUCUGGAAAUGGAGUGGCAUUCUGCAAUGUUUGCCGAUAUUCACGAUGGCACUUUCCUGUCAGAUGCAAAUCUUCGAGGUGUACGCCACAAUGCCAACGACAUCGCUCGAUAAAAUGAGCCGCGUCAUCAGACAAUCGACAAACAUUUGUACGGUGAUCUACGUCGCAAUAGGUUUCUUCGGUUAUGUCGCCUUCAACGGGCAUCGGUUUUCGGGCAACAUUCUGGUCGACUUUUCGCCGUCUUUCGCCAGCGACAUCAUCAAGAUGGGGUUCGUUCUCUCGGUAGCGUUCAGUUUUCCACUGGCGAUAUUUCCUUGCCGCGUCAGUUUGUACUCGUUACUGUACAAAAGGGCAUCCGAUGCGCACAUGUACAUACCCGAGUCCAAGUUCCGCCCACUUACGAUCGCAAUCGUUGUGGUUGCACUCAUAUUCGGUCUACUGAUUCCGUCGAUUGAAGUGGUCAUCGGUUUGGUUGGUUCGACGAUCGGAGUGGCCAUCUGUAUAAUCAUUCCGGCCGCCUGCUACAUGACGGUUUGUAAAACUAACAUCACCGAAAGGCAACUGGCCCAGGUAAUGAUAGCGUUUGGUUUCAUUAUUAUGGUGCUGGGAACGUACGCUAACCUACAAGCGAUCGAUCGUGCGCCAGAGCGAAAGUAUGAAGCAACGAUUGCACCGACCGAUUUCGAUAAGAAAGCGGUCAAUCCAGAGGAACAAGUGCUGAAAGCUGUUGAAGAUUUCAAGCCACCACCGCCGGCACCUCCCGUGUUGCCAGUAGAGGCGAUCACAGAAAAAGUCAUGCCAAAGAUAGAUGUCCCCACGCCUGAACCGCCAGUGGGUAAGCCAGUUGUGGUGGAGAAAGUUCUCCCUAACGUUCCACGCGUUGAUGUGGUAUCGGAAGCGUCAAACGCGGAUACUAAAAUCGUUAAGGAAGCACACGAGGAACCUCGGGUGGCCAUCAAUAAUGAAGCGAUACUGAAGGAGGAACACGAAAUCGCCGUCGAAGAGAAGGAAAACAUAGCUAAGGAAAUCAAGGAGCUUAAGAACGCGAAAAAGGUGCUAGAGGCCGAGGUGGAAAACAUCAAGGAAGAGCUGGUAAAGAAAAAUAAGGAAACGGAACAGCUGGUACUGAAGAAGCUGGAUGAAAUUGCUGAGAAAAUAGCCGAACAGAGCGCCGCAAAACCUUCCCGCGAAGAAGAGCCAGCCGCAACAAAAGAAGAGAAGCAGCAACUACCGCCUGUGGGAGAGGUUAAAACAAUUAAAGACCCAAAGGUUGUCCUAGAUGAUCCGAUCGUAAAGCUGCUCAAGACAGGAGGUAAUAAAACUGUUCCAAAGCUAGCAGAUUCGAACAAUGAUACCAACUCAACGGUGUAUCACGACCAACCGGCGAUCCUAUCAAACGAUGUGGAUCGUGGUUUGGAGGGUGCUGGAGGUGGUGAAUUGCCCAUCGAACAGAAUAAAGAUAUAGCUGACCCGAACAGGCUAGAAAACAAAGCACAGAUUAUGGGAGGAAACCCUGCGAACGAUCAGGAUAAGACAGAUUCCGUCAACAAACAAGCAUCACACGAUCUCGUAGAUACUUUGAAAAUAGACACCAAGGCCGAAGAAGGUGCUAAAGAAAUGAACAAACCAACGGCUUCUCUUCCCGAGACCAAAGUUCAACAUCAAGAAAAGGUAGAAAAACCACUACCACCUUUGCCCGUCGAGGUGCCAGCGGACGGCAAAGGGGAGCAACAAUUAAAGGAGGAUGCCGAUAUGGCUGCUGGAAAGCGAGAUUUAUUGGCAAUGCGUUUGAAACGCGAAGUCAAUCCAGGUGAAGAUGAACACUGUCAAAAGAAGCGGAACGCUUCAGUUCAAACGGCAGGGAAUGUUGAAGGUCAACAUGAAGUAAAAGGUGAUGCACUAGAAAAGGAUGGGUUUCGAUAAAACUACAGACUGAAUAAAAUGGAAAAAGGUUGAUUUUGAAAAUAGUUUUUGAACAAUAUUGAAGUGGUGUUCCGUAACGAAUUCUUUGAAUAAAACUAAUUUUAUUUACAACAUAGAA